GAAGUUGGGAUGGGAAAAUGUGUAUACGACACCAGCAACUGUUGCUAGCUUCACACAGCCUGCAAGUGCCUAUGAUCAGUUUCCGGCUCCUGUUGUAGUCUAGCUAGUAACAACAAUAUAUUUGCUAGUAAAGAUGGAUAGCGAAACAGGUAUUGAGAGCCUACGGCUGCGGAUUGAUGACCUGGAAAGGAAGCUGUAUGGCGACCGAGGAGUCAGGGGCAGCAGAUUGGCGAAGUGUGCUGAUGCUCUGGUUAAAGUCCAGGCUUCCUUAGGCAACACUGCUAACAAGAGAGAGCGUGUCAAGAUACUGCACAAGAAAAUUGAUGAUUUGUUGAAGUACCUGGACCCUCAGUUCAUUGACAAGAUCUCUGUUCCAGAUGCCAUGAAAGUGGAAUUCAUCCUUGCAGAGGAGGAGUUCAUCCUCUCACAGGCAAGCCUCCUGGAGCAGUUGAGUGGACUGCACCCCCUGCUGGACAGCUCGCACAUUAAAGUGGUCCCUGAGCAUGCAUACAAGCUGCAGUCCCUCUCACAGAUACACGUCCAGCAGCAGGACCAAUGUAAAGACCUGACCGAUGAUGUGGAGGUGCUGUUUGAAGACUACAACAAGAUGAUGUUCCUCCUGUCCAAGCAGUUUUCGCAGUGGGAUGAGAUGCUGAGGUUGUUGGAAGCAUCCAGCAAGUGAAGGUGUUGGAGGAGUGAUGUCAUCAUGCCAUUCUCUGAACAACUCUCCCUAAAAAAAAUAAAAUAAAAAAGCACACUUUUCCCCUUCCUGAGUGCUUGUAUAGUUAUGUGUACAUGGUGUGUAUAUAUGUGCACACAAUGUCUUUUUGUUAAUUUUAGACAGAGUGCUUACUACUUUGCUGGCCACUGUUCUCCGCAGCAGUGCACUGCACUGUUAGUGACGGCUGUAGGGUAGGGUAUUGUAACAGUAUAGGGCUCAUAUAGCCAUGCAUUCUCCUUCGUAAAUGGGAAAGAGAAAUGAAAGCUAUUCAGCUGAGAGUCAACAGAGGGGGACUGGAUCAGAAAUGUCUAUCUGCACCCUUUAGGUAUGAUGACUGAUAAUAUACCUGUUGUUCAUCAGAACUAAAACUGUAUUUUAUAAAGGACCACAUUAAACAUAACUUAUUAAAUCCCA